AUGUCGGGCGUGGCUGCGGGCAUGGCAGAGCUUGCGAUUAGCGAUAGACUCUCUGAGCACGCGGUGAAGGGUACCGUCGGCGAAGCGUACUUCGACGAUAAGACGGUGAAGCUGUACGACUUUGCCUUCGGGCCGACCAGCGUGAAGGCGAGAGACCUUGACGACGAGGCAUGGACCGAAGUAGUGACGAUGAUCGGCCUCGUGGAUCUGGAAGCGAGCCGCGCUGCGCCGGCGAGCGCGACCGCGCGGGAUUUGCAGUUGAGCAUGACUGCGGGGCGUGUUGGACUGUUGCGAGAGCGGCUCGCUGGCGCGAAGCAAGCGUUGAUGAUGAUUCCUGCUUUGGAGGAAGCCGUGGUGAAGGCUGAGAAAGACUGGGUCGAGAUCGGAAAGAAGAACUGGUGGGAGGUUGACCGCGACGAGGUUGCACGGUUGAAGCUCGUGCUUGGGGUGAAGAGAGCGGCGUUGGCUGCGGCGGCCUCGGCCGUCCCAAAUUGCAAGAGGCAGCUGGAUACUUUUGCGGAGAGGGUGAAGGAGCUGAGGGCGCUUCGCGCUGAGCAGCGAAUGAGUGAGGAUAAGAACUCCGUCGACUUCCUCUGGCGCGAGGUGAUGGAGUGGCGGGAGAGCAUGGUCUCGCUUCUUCUCGCCUCCCUCGAGGACGAUAGAGUCUUCGAUUAG